CUUUUAUCGCCAUCUUAUCCUGCAAUCCCCCCCUACUCUUGUGGGUACGAGCACCACGGCCUAUCGUGAAUAAUGAUGAUGCUUACUCCUAUCCUGAUCGCUUCUCUCGUUUCAUUGAUUAAUGCUGCAUCUAUAAUAUCUCGCUCACAGUCCUACUCUCAGCCCGCUGUACUCAGCCCCCAAACUACAUUAACCAUAGCUAAUAAAGUCAUCGCUCCUGAUGGCUUCGAACGCCCAGCAACUCUCGUCAAUGGCAUAUUCCCUGGACCCUUGAUUGCGGCCCAGAAGGGAGAUAACUUUUCCAUUCAGGUAGUCAACGAGCUCACAGACGAGUCGAUGUUCUUGAGUACCAGUGUCGUAAGCAGUGCCAAUCACUCGCGCUUUUUAUUAAUUAACCAUGUUUACCGCCCGCAGCACUGGCAUGGUAUCUUCCAGAAUGGGACUAACUAUGCUGACGGGACGUCCUUCGUCACACAAUGUCCUAUUGCACAAAACCACUCUUUUGUACACAAUUUCUCUUCUCCGAACCAAGCGGGCACCUACUGGUAUCAUAGCCAUUAUUCCGUUCAGUAUUGCGAUGGCCUGAGGGGAGCCCUAGUAAUUUAUGAUCCUGAUGACCCUUUGGCAUACAUGUAUGAUGUCGACGAUGCAAGUACCGUAAUUACACUUUCCGAUUGGUAUCACGUUGUGGCCCCCGUCAUGCGCCACCUUGUAGAUGCCGAUGCCAACUCUACACUUAUCAACGGACUGGGUCGUUAUGCAGGCGGACCCGCGUCUGAGUUGGCUGUGAUCAACGUCGAACAGGGAAAGCGAUAUCGCCUGCGGUUGGUUGCAAUAUCCUGCGACCCCAAUUUCAACUUCACCAUCGAUGGCCACAUCUUCACCGUCAUCGAAGCAGAUGGACAGCUAACUGAACCACUAGUGGUAGACCAGCUCCAGAUUUUUGCGGGUCAACGCUACUCUGUGGUUCUGGUAGCCAAUCAGCCAGUGGAUAAUUACUGGAUACGCAGUCUUCCCAAUUUGGUGAAUCCAUCCUUCGAGGGAGGACAGAACUCUGCUAUAUUGCGCUACCAAGGCGCUCCACAGGUCGAUCCGACCACGGCCUAUGUGCCACCCCAGAACAUAUUGACAGAGACCAACUUGCAUGCUCUUAUCAAUCCCGGUGCUCCUGGCAUUCCAGGGUACGGAAACGCAGAUAUCAACCUCCACUUCAAGGUUACCAAUGACACCGGAUUAUUCUAUAUCAAUAAUGUCACAUUCAGCCCCCCCAGCAUUCCUGUUCUACUCCAAAUUCUCAGUGGAGCUCAAGAUCCGUUCCAGCUGCUCCCAAACGGGAGUGUAUACGUUCUAGGACAUAACAAAGUGGUAGAGCUGACAAUGGAAAUACCAGUAGUACCCAAUGUUCCAGGUGGACCCCAUCCCAUACACCUUCAUGGGCACGCGUUCGAUGUUGUACAGAGCGCAGGCAGCAGCGCCUUCAAUUAUGAGAACCCAGUUCGCCGCGAUGUAGUAAGCGCAGGCAACCCUGGGCAACAAAUGGUGAUACGAUGGACGACCGACAACUCUGGCCCGUGGUACUUGCAUUGCCACAUUGAUUGGCACCUUGAUGCCGGGUUUGCCGUGGUAAUGGCGGAAAGUCCCUCAGACACCGCUGCACAUCUAAACCCCAUUCCAAAGGAAUGGGAUCAGCUGUGCCCGACCUUUUACUCCGUAACACCCACGCAGUUGGGGGGUGAGGGUCGCCUCUCCUGGGAAGAAGCAGCUAGUAUUACCACUCUCCUCUUCCCAGAAACACCUCUCCCCGGGCAUAAAUAG